GUCUCUGCCACCUCUGGCCAAGAAGUAUGUUAUACAGAUGUUGUACAUUGAUGUUCCAAUAACAGCCAAGUCUAUGGAGGAGUGGGUGUUUCCAGAUGGGUCCUCAAUGCAUAGAGUCGCGAUUGAUAGGUUGAUUAAGUUACGGAUAUUCACUGACACUGCUGACAGGAGAAGGGAAACAACUUACAGAAUUAAUCCAACAUUCCAGACAAACCUCCAAAAGCUUUUAACACUUGGCGAAGUUUUACCAAGGGAACCAAUGCCUUCUGACAUAACUGUGAGGCUCCCAAGCUUGGAGGAUCUUGAGGUUUAUGCCCUUGAACAAUGGGAGUGUUUCUUGCUCCAACUUAUAAACUCGGCGCAAGCUGAAAGGCCAUCAAAUAUCAGCUCUUCUAUGAUGAGAAUUUUGCAGCGAGGGCUUUUGAGUCAAAGGGAGAAAGGAGCUCCACGAUUAACUGAAAGUGUUUUCCAGUUCUUGUUGAUGGACACAAAUGCACAACUUUGGUACAUCAUCAGAGAAUACAUCUCUAAUUCUGAGGAGCGAGAUGUGGACCCAGCCGAUUUGAUUUCAUUCUUACUAGAGCUUAGUUGUCAUGUCACAGGAAAGGCAUAUAAUAGUAACACAUUGACGGAGAUUCAGAAGAGUUGGAUCAAGGACCUCACAGACUUGGGAUUGGUUAAACUUCAGCAGGGGAUGAACGAGAGUUGGUUUAUACCUACUAAAUUAGCUACCAAUCUUUCAGUGUGCUUAACAGAUUCAUCAUCACGGAAACAAGGAUUUGUAAUUGUGGAAGGAAAUUUUAGGUUGUAUGCAUACUCAACUUCAAAGUUACACUGUGAAAUUCUACGUCUUUUCUCAAGGAUAGAGUAUCAACUUCCAAAUCUUAUAGUGGGAGCAAUCACAGAAGAAAGUUUGUAUAAUGCUUUUGAAAAUGGUAUUGCAGCAGAGCAGAUUAUUACUUUUCUUCAGCAGAAUUCCCAUCCUUGUGUAGCAGAGAGAAUGCCAUCUAUACCCGAAAAUGUCACGGAUCAGAUUAGGCUGUGGGAAUCAGAUCUGAACAGGGUUGAGAGGACUCCUGCACAUUAUUAUGAUGAAUUUCCUUCUAGGGUACUAACAAAUCGGACGUCUUCGAGGCUGCUUGUGACAACGCACGGGAGUGGAACGGAUUGCCGUGGGAGGAUUCGAAAACCAUGCGUCUAGUUGUCAAGGCAGAAAUUCACAUGUAUAAUUAAUGAAAUAAGAUUGCUGAUAGUAAAUUCGUUUAAACCAUGUAUAUAUAUACAUCAUUGGACCAAGCCACUAAGGUUUCACUUGAUAUAAGCAACUGUACAUCCAUAAUUCAUCUUUCUUUC